AUGCAGAUCAAGAAACUGCUGAGAGAAAAAAGGCUCGAGGACAUCGUAGAUAAAAACUUAAUAACUAUGAUCCCAAAGAGGUCGAGACAAUCAUUCAGGUUGCAUUGCUCUGCACCCAAAGUUCACAGGAAGAUCGUCCCAAAGAUGGCAGAAAUUGUAAGCAUGCUGAAGGGGUGGGUUUGUCGGAGAGAUGGGCCGAGUGGGAGCAGCUUGAAGAAGUAA